AUGGCCUUUCGUGAUAAGCGAGUCGUCCUCGUGGGUGGUGGUCUCGGUGGCCUUGCUUUCAUGAACGUUGCCCUUGCUUGUGGUAUGAAAGACGUUCAGCUUUUCGAACAGGCCCGUGAGCACGGUGAGUCUGGCGCUGGUGUAGACGUGACAGCUAAUGCAAACCGAAUUCUUGACGUGUUUGGCCUAAAAGGGUCGUUAUUGCGUUGCUCUUCUCCUAAGCUGCCUUACUUCAUGCAGUAUCACAACUACAAGUCUGGCGAUUAUCUGGGCCACAUCGAAGAAGCACACGAACCUCAUGCUCGUUUAAUUCACCGCGGUCACCUAUUGGAAGCGCUUCGAGAGUUCAUACCGAACGAGCUGCUGAACUACCAUAAGCGUCUGUCGUCUAUCCAACGUAACAACAGCUCCGACUCUGCGCCGUACACUCUACAUUUCAAGGACGGGACAACCAUCGAUGCUGACAUUGUGAUUGGUUGCGAUGGCAUUAAGUCCGCAGUACGUCGGGAGAUCGGAAUAGGCGAUUCACCAAAUUAUUCUGGCCAGGUUGUAUAUCGCGGUUAUAUCGACUACAAGGACUUACCCGAGGAUACUGCAAAUCUCCUUCGAAACGUCGUCAAUUUUCGGGGCCGCCAGCGCCACAUUAUAUGUCUUCCUAUUGGCAACCAACCCACGAAGACUGACAGGAUCGGCUUCAUUGGAUUUAUGACGGAGCCGCUCGAGAAUUGGGAUUCCGAGAACUGGGUAUCUCGAUCUGAAAUCAGCACACUUCAUGAACAUCUUCACGAUUGGUGUCCACAAGUGCAGCAACUUAUACAUGGUUUAAGGGAGACCUCAUCAGACGGUUCCAUGAUGAAGCAGGCUCUUUACGUCCGAGAGCCAGUUGAUAAAUGGUACGAGAUAAAAGACUGCGUGGAUUCCGGUGUCGUUCUUCUAGGAGACGCAGUUCACUCGACUCUUCCCCACCAGGGCCAGGGUGUGGCUAUGGCUAUUGAAUCCGGCGUUGCACUAGCUACCAUUCUUGCGCACUGGAAAGAGCAUGACUUGCAGGCUGCGUUCCAGUUCUAUCAAGACCUACGCAAGCCCCGUACCGAUAGGAUAACAAGGACCAGCUACGAAGCUGGAAAACUGGGUAGUUCAGAUGACCCGGAUAGUUUCAAUGAGAAUUUCAACCCCGAGGCUCUGAUGGAGCGUAUGAAGUGGGUCAUGGACUACAAUGUGCUUGAUGACCUGCAGUCCAAGAACGCUGGAUUUAUGACUUUUGAAGGUUCUCCGCUCGCAGAAAAGUAG